AUGAAUCGGGAAGAUCAUUACUACCCCUCGCAGGUUUUUAAAGACUCCUGUGCCUAUCAGAGAUCACAGGGUGAGGACUACAGCCACAGCCCGCCGCCCUGCCUGUACAUGAACAGGCAGGUUCACUCCGUCUACACACCGCCGUCCAUGGGAGCCCUGGAGCAGGCCAGCCUUCCUGACAUUGCCCCCUCUUACAGUCUACCCAGCUUGCGAGAGGAUCCAGGUGUCCCUCAGCUGCACCACUCGCAGGGGCUCCAGCAGCAGGCUCUCCAGCCCGCCGCAGGUUAUGGAGACACGGGGGAGCAGAGCAGAUAUCACCUCCCUUUCCCCUGGAUGAAAACCACAAAAUCCCACUCACACACCUGGAAGGGACAGUGGGCAGGGCCGUACGUGAUGGCGGAGACUGAGGAGAACAAGCGCACGAGGACUGCCUACACGCGCGCCCAGCUGCUGGAGCUCGAGAAGGAGUUCCUGUUCAACCGCUACAUAUCCAGGCCGCGCCGCGUGGAGCUGGCGCUGACGCUGAGCCUCACCGAGCGCCACAUCAAGAUCUGGUUCCAGAACCGGCGCAUGAAAUGGAAAAAGGAGGAGGACCGGCGGAGGGCGAGGGGGGGCGACCCGGACCAGGACUCCUCCAUCACCUCCGCAGACCAGGGGGAGGCAGCGGGAGGGGUCUCCUCCACAAACGGACCUCACACCACUACACCGCCUGUUUCCCCGCUGCACGGUCACUCUCUCUCCGCGUCUGGGUCCAGAGAGCCUGCGUAG